CGCCAUCAAGGCACUGCAGCGCCAGGAGAAGGAAAAGAAAAAGAGCAUCGCAAAAUUGAAGAAAGAUGAGAAAAAGGGCAAAGCACCUGCUUUAGCGUCUCCGGCUCUGGUGCCAGCUACUGUCAGCAGCACCUCCAACGCUUCCGGUGCUAAGGGAAUCAAAUCGAAACCGGAACCGCUCUCCCCAGAACGAUCGUUGUCCCGUUCACCGAGUCCCCCGUUGACACCAACGGUACGAUCACCUUCUGCGUCCAGUUACCGAGAUGAGAGUCCCAAAGCGACAGCAAAACAACAGCACACCAGCAGCGGUGAGUCGAUGAAAGCAUCUAAAUCGAAGAAAAAGGCGAAAGUGAAAAAGGAAUCGACCAACACUGGCUCAGAGGGCACUCAGAAGCAUGACAAAAAGGGCAGCAAGGAGGGUAAGUCAGCAGCCACCAUUGAGGCUACUACGGCGUUGGACAAAAAAUCAAAGAAAAGUGUAUCACCAUCGAAAAGUAAACCUAGACAAAAGCAGGGUGCUGGCAAGAGUAGUAAAGAGAAGGUUGUUGGUGUAUCAGUCGAACACGACAGCGAUGAGGGGGAAGAAUAUGACGAUGUGAAGCCGAUUGUCCCGGUGUCAGCGGUAGAGAAUAGCGAGGAAGAGGAGCUGCACGAUUACCAAGCCUGUCGCAAGCCCGAAUCAAACAAACGGCAGCAAAACAUCAGCGUUGAGGAGAAGGACGAUGGACAGUUAACUGAUGAUAGUGGUGGUGUCGUUAAGCCUCGUUCUAAAAAAUCGGAAAAGUCCAAGAACAAAAAAGCUAAAGCUCCCAAGCAAAAGACGAUCGUUGGAGAUGACGAUGACGAUGAGGAACAUAAUCGUUCGGGACAUCAACGGGACAACACCAAGAAGGGAAGCAAGGGCAAGCUGAAGGGGAAAGACAAAAAAUCUCACAAAAAGGACAAAUCGAGCCGGGAGAAGAAAAAGUCCAAGGGAGCUGCUAGUGCUGCCGCCGCCAACGUACAGCACCGAGCUCCGGCAUCCAGUGGUGGUGAAGAGGACGAAGAGGAAGACGAUACAACUUACGAAGAUCGAUCAUCGCGGCAACAACAGCAACAGCACAAGGUAACCGAUACAGAGAAUAGCAAAAGUAGCUCUAAAGGUGUAAAACAUCAAGCAACUAGCAAGGAAGCUCGCGCACGUGACUCAACCCCGGUGCAAGAUCACCAGCGGCGGUCGCGAUCACGAUCCGUUUCAAGAUCGCCUAGCCCGGCGGCUUCAUAUUAUUCCGAAGAGGACGACCAGUGUGUUGGUGACGCUCGGAAAGGCUCCUUGGAUCGACCUAUUACGCCCGAUAUCAAAGACAAGUUUGAUCUCAUCAAAGAGCGCCGUAAUCGAGCUGCAGCGGCGGCUGCUGCAGCUGCCGAAAAUAAAGCAAAGGCCAAACAAACCAAAGCCAAAGUGAAAGAGAAUGCUGCAACCGCAAGUGGCAACAACGGUGGAGGCAAAAAGGCAGGGAAACAGAAAGCGUCCAACCGUGGGCAACCGAAACAACAGCAAGAGCAGCAGCAGCAGCAUCAGCAGCAACAGCAGCAGCGGUUAGACGUACCGGAAGAGCCAGCUACCAUUACUAAGCAUCCGAAGAAACGUCACCAGCAGCAGCAUCAGCAAGAUCAGGAGAACGAGAAACCAGCGGUGGGUGAGGCCGGUCGACCGAACAAAGCAGCUGGUGCAACGACGAAGGGAAAAAAGAAACGGGACAAAUCGGCGGAAUUCAGCGUGCCUCCUGUUCCUAAUGCUGCUCAAGAUAGAAAGCGUCCCUUUGCAGAAUCCAAAAAGGUUGAUCGUAGCAGCGAAUACGAGUUUGUCGAUGAAGGUGGGGCACAGAUGAUCAACAGUGGGACUGCGAACGAAUCCACCGACAGUGAUAAGCGUAAUGCGAGUUCCGCAGCAAAGACAGGCCAAAAACGUUCCUCAACGGUUGGAGGAGGACCAUCGUCGUCGGCCCAGAAACAGUCGAAAGGAGGAGGAGGAGGGAGCGCGAAAUCACCCGCAAGGUCUCCAGCAACGUUUAAAGCACAGCCAGGAGGAGCAACGUCAAAAGGUUCCAGCGUCCCUGUACCCGGUGGUGCCAACAUGGAGGAGCUGGAGCUGGAAACGGAGCAAACGUUGAAAGACAUUAACAAAUGGCUCGAGAAUACGCCACGGUUUACGGAGUACAGUUCGGCCAGCAACUCUCCUUCCCGUUACAUUAUGGAUGAUUUUGAUCCGGUUCCGGUUAAGAUAGAGGCGGCCGAUUUCCGGAAACCGAUUCCACUCGCGCAGCUACCGCCAGCGGCUACGACGGUGAGUGAACCUAGCGAAAAGCGCAUGUCAAGCACUGCCACUGCCAGCCCUCUUCGUGGUGCCAGUCCCGGUCUUGCCGCUAUGGCCGCACCACCAACCGCAUUCUUGCCGAAAGCCCAAAGUUUGGGGAAAGCAACGAACGCGGAACGGUCGAAGGAAGGAGGAAUACAAAUGUCCCAAUCAACGAGCGGCGGAGAGACAUCGUUGAAGGAAAACACCUCUUCUACUUCUUCGAACAACAGCGCUACGAUCGGCAAAAAUGCCGGUGGCACGACGACGACGACGACGGGACCUAGCAGCAGCCAGCACACGAUCCUUGGUCCACCACCAAUAAUACCAGCACACUCGCAGAAGAAGGAACCGAAGGAACCGAAACGUAAAACGCUGAAAGAGAAACUGUCGCAACUUGGUGGUCGUAAACGGGAUCUUCACCGGACCAUCGAUCGUCUGCAGCCGGGCAAAACCAAGGGAAACCUAAUCGGAACGAUCCAGAAUCUGAACAAACCGGAUGAACUAUUCGCACUCGGCGCUGCUGGCGGUAGUGCGGGCGGAUCCGGUAGUGCCAUUGGAGCCGGCGGUACUGGCAGUGCUAGUGGUGGUCCGCUGGGUAAGUUUAAGGAGGUGAAAAAUUCGCUGAUCGUACAGACCGACGAAUCGAAACCGAAGCUUAGUCUGGGAACGGUGCUCAACACGGAAGGGUUCGGUAUCGUGCAGCAGCACAACUUUGCCGAUGACUUGAAGGAUGAUGACGGUGAUGAUGAUGAUGAGCGUGAUGAGGAAAACGGGGACAAAAAGCGUACCGAUGCCAUUAGUCACAAACUGAAAGGCGACGAAGAGAAGGAUCACCUUGAUAAGAAGGAUUCAUCCUCGAUCAACUCGUCGUCCGUUAGUAAGCUAUCCUCAGGAACGACUGCUGGAAGAACCAUGGUUGAGACCAGCCCGAGAGCCAAGGGGUCGGAGGAGAAAAACGGAACGUGCUCGUUGGAUGGCGGAAAGAGCGCCAAAGAUCAUGCUGAUCAAUCGGGCAAGAAGGAAAGCGUGCCAAACUCAAAAUCCGCGUCAACGUCAGCGUCAUCAGCGCUAGAGGAGGGAAAGGAUGGUGCCAAAGGAGGGUCAACGGACAAACCGGCUGCAACGCCAAAUUUAAGUGCCUGGUUCAAGGCAUUUGGAGCGCCCAAGAAACCGAAAAAGCCCGAUGAUACCGAUGAAGCGGCAGGCAAAGGCUCACCGGCGAGUGAGAAGGGUGGUGGUAAGGGAGGUAACGACCAAACACCGCCUUCGUCGGAAUCGUCCUUAGGUGGAGGGGGCACCGGAGCAGCCGGAUCCGGAGUGUCGCACAGUUUGGAAAGUUCCAACUAUCCAUCGCUUCCGGCUCCACCACGUCAGCGUAAGGCCAGCACCGGUAGUACGGUGAGCGAACGUUCCUCGUACAGCCAGGAUCCGGACAGCCCGCGGAUCGGCAUCGAUGAACGGAUUGGUGGUUAUCCAGCACCGUACCCAAGCCCGAUCGGUGCCUCACCGAUCAUGACUUCACCGAAGCUGGAUGAAUCGCAGAAAAGCCCCUACCAUCCCAUGAACGGUGCGAUCAAGGUUGGGUUCUAUCAAGAUACGACACAAAAGAGCAGCCCAGAGAAGAGUUGCAGCCCACGCGAUCUACCUUCGCCCUAUCCACAGUAUUCGCAGCAUCUCUAUACGGCCAAUGCUGGUGGAACCGCGAAUAUCACCGGUAGUGGUUCACUGUACGGUAGCUACACGAGUUACGGAACCACCAACACCGGUGCUUCUACCACCAGUGGUGGUAUGACUGGGGCCAAUUCAACCACGAAUGCACCGACUAGUGGUAGCAUUACUGGCGGUGGUGCUGCCGGUGGCGCUAGUACUGGAAAUGGCAGUACUGCUUCGGGUAACACGACGGUAACAGAUGCGUUUAAGGGAUACGGCAAAGAUAUGAAGUCACCAGUGGAUUUCUAUGAUCAGUACAAACAACCGGCCUCACAGGAGUCCGACUAUAACUCUUCCAUGAGUCCCAGUACAAACCCCAACUCUCCAUAUCACAAUCCGGCUUCCUCGCCGUACCAACAGCAACCGAAUUCGCCUUCCUGCUAUCCGCAACAACCAUCGCAGGGCUCGUCUCCCUAUGGUCAUCAGCAACAGCAGCAGCAGCAGCAACCGUUGGCCUCACCGGCCUCCUCCGGAGGGGCCCUUUCGCCUUAUAGUACAAGUUCGGUCACACCGAAUCCCCCAACCAUACCCCACAGUCCCGCUGGGCAGGGCAGCGGACAGAUGGGAGGAGGACAUUCUCCCUAUAGCAGCAACAGCGGCUCGGUACAGGCUCACUCUCCUUAUCACGGUGGAGCGACCAACAGCCAAUCCGCUGUCAAUCCAUCUGCCACCGGUGGUGGUGGUGUAGCGGGAGGUGGUCCACCAAAGUCCAAACCAAACACACCGCUACACCAAAGCCCCAACUCGCCGUUCUCUCAGUCGAACCAAAGCUCACCCUAUUCUCAGCAAGAUCCAAACUCACCCUACUCCCAGGGUCAACUGUCACCGUUCCAACCAAUGUCCCCGAAGCCGCCGCCUCCCCAGCCAUCAGCGAUUGCGAAUAGUUCCGGAGCAACGCAAAGCACUAUCAAGCUGGCACCUCCUAUCAUCACGCCACAGCAGGCGGCGGCUG